AUUCUCUGUUUAUUGUGGGUGGGUUGCCUUGUGAUUGAUGACCUACACAAAACUGAAAAUGGCAACCGAGCCGCCAACAGCCAGCGAAUUGGCCUACCUCGCCGAGCUGAAGACUCAACUCCGCGAGUUGCGGGAGCACCAGGCCACAGAUAUGUUCAUCCGGAUGAGCACCUCCCCCUGUGGGGGAGACCUUCCGGGUGAACUAAAAGGCAGUUCGACUUCGAGGUCCGGCCAUAUUAAUAUCAAAAGACUAAUUCAGGGCUUCGAGGAUCUUCGCAAGACCUCGCAGCAGCUGAAUGAUCUCCACGAGUUGCCCGAGGAGCUAUAGAAUGUGGAUGUGCGACGGCUGCUCAGGAGCUAUGAAAAGUUAAUCGAAGAGGGCAAUGCGCUGCAACAAAGAUGUUUCAAACUGAAACAAUCCACGAAAAGUUCUCUGCAUCUAACGGACAGCGAAAAGCUUUCGAUUUUGGGCAAACACAUUUCCAAUGAUACGGCAUCAAAGGUGUCUAAUGAUUUGGCAUCAAAGUAUUUAAAGACCAAUUCUGAGGAACUUUUAGAUUCUCAAAAUAUGGGAAGAAAUUGCAGCAAACAAAAGUAUGGUAAGAACAAAAAAUGUAGCUUAAGUCUGGCAGUCUCUGAGAGUUUUUUGAACAGCUUUUAAUGUAGCCUAA